AUGUCACUAAAAACCAGCAAAGUACCUCAGAAAUGGAAAUCCGCUAAUUUAUUACCACUCCCUAAAGAAUCACCAUUAAAUUCGUGUAACCAGUUAAGACCAAUCUCUCUGACGGACAUCAUCAUGAGACUAUUCGAGAAGUGCGUGUAUAAAUCUGAAAUCGAACCUAUCACAAGAAAUAACAUUGGUCCUGACCAAUUUGCUUAUAAAAAGGGUCACAACUCGACUAUGGCUCUGAUUAAAUCCCAACAUCAAUGGCUAGAGUGGCUGGAUAAAAACGCUAAUUAUGUUAGAGUGCUGUCGUUCGAUUUCAGCAAAGCAUUUGACAGUGUGCCCCACGAUCUUUUGUUUGAAAAAGUUAAAAAGCUACCCAUUAAUCCGUAUGUGGUGAACUGGUUAAUUAGCUUUCUAGAAAAUAGAAUACAAAGAGUAAUGGUUGAUGGAAUGGUUACAGAAUAUUUAUAUAUUAAUCGUGGUGUUCCUCAAGGUACUGUUUUAGGCCCAGUUCUUUUCUCAAUAAUGGUUGAUGAUAUUAAAACUGCUGAUCCUAGUAAUGCGUUAGUCAAAUUUGCUGACGAUUUGACGUUAGGAGUGCCUGGCAACGAAAGUGGUGACACAUCUCGAUCUGAAGCUGCCUGUUUACAGGAUUGGGCGGAAGAGAAUAGAAUGCCCUUAAAGUUGGAAAAAACGUACGAAAUGGUUGUUCGCAGACACACCUCUGUAGUUUUGCCCGAGCUUAUCCCUUCAAUUAAGCGAAAAACAUGGCUAAAGCUUUUAGGAGUUACUCUACAAGAUAACCCGUGCAACUGGGAUUUGCACUUUGAAGAAAUGCUCAAAAAAGCAAGUGGACGAAUAUACAUUAUGAGAGUUUGCAAAUACUAUGGACUAUCAAUUAAACAAUUAGAUCUGCUGUUUGAUAGCCUAAUUAUGUCGAUAUUCACUUUUGCUAUUGAGCUGUGGGGUUGUGCAUACGACGGUAAAUAUUUGAACCAAAUAGAUAAAUUCAUUAAACGUGCACAUAAGAAUGGUUAUAUAUCAAAACGAACACACAUUAAAGAAAUACGUGAUAAGAGAGAUAAGAAACUGUGGAACAAAAUAACAUCAACUGAGGACAAUGCACUGCUUGAACUGCUGCCGGAAAAAAGAAGUAGGUUACUUAGGCCUAGGGGGCAUGAGUAUGAACUCCCCCUAGUGAGAACAGAAAGAUUCAAAAGGUCGUUCAUAAAUCGUUGUCUGUAUAACUUUGUUUAGACUUUAAUCUAUUUAGACUUUAAUCUAUUAAAAACUUUUUAAAACUUUUUACGCUUCUUAACUUACAAUUGUAAAUAUAACUAGAUCAAUUACCUUUCGAUUGUAAACUCAGACGGAUGUAUCUGAGUAUUUUAAUAAAGACUAUUAUUAUUAUUAUUAUUAAUGUCGACGCAUUGGGGAAAGACCAGCGAAAAUACAAUUACAGAGGGAAUUUUCGCAACCACAACAACAAACCGGAAAACGGAAAACCCCCAAACAAAUCCUGCGGUAAUUGUGGUCGAGUUCACGAGCCAAAAUCUUGCCCUGCAUAUGGGAAAAAGUGCAAUAACUGUCAAAAGCUAGGACACUUUGCCAAACUAUGUCGAUCACAAGCUAAAAACCCAAAGAAAUCGGUUCACGAUGUAGAUUAUGAAAGCGACUUCUCGACGCACGGAAUUGAUAUGGUGAAGACAGCUGUGACAAUGACGAAGAACAUGCAUCUCUUAAAAUUAGCAACACGACAAUUCGCAUAAAACUCGACUCCGGAGCCGAGACAAACGUUCUAACAAAGAAAGAUUUCGAAGCCGCUGUUCCAAAACGACAACGUCGUAGCAAGCUCAAAACGAGCGCCGCAAAACUGGCCGCUUUCGGGGGCCAUAACAUUCCUGUCAUCGGUAAAUGCUAUUUAAAGUGUCAAUUCAAAGGAGCGACUGAAAUACUCGAGUUUCAAGUGGUCGAGACGGGCAAAUCCUUGCUCGGAUGUACAAACUGUAAAAGUAUGAAACUUAUAACAUUUCAUAACGUAGACCAGCUGCGCAACCAGCCAAUUAACGACGCGUCACCUCAAAGUUCACUAAACGGACUUACGAGUGAACAGAUAUUCGAGAAAUAUUUCAAAUGCUUUGACGGAUUAGGACGCAUAUCAGACCCUUGUCACAUUAAGAUUAACCCUGACGCAACGCCUGUUGUUCAUCCACCUCGUAAGCUUCCUUCAGCGUUGAGAGAUCGAGUCCAGAACGAACUACAAGAAAUGGAAUCCAGGGGGAUCAUUAAGAAAGUCAACGAGCCCACGGCAUGGGUAAACUCCAUGGUAGUUAACGAGAAACGCUCGGGAAAAUUACGUAUAUGCAUUGAUUCACGAGAUCUCAACAAAUCUCUGCGCAGAGAGCAUUACCAACUCCCCACACAGCAAGAUAUUACAAGCCGCCUGACAGACGCCAAAUUCUUCA